CAGGGCAGUCAGUGGGGCAGGCAACUUUUUGGAGGGGGAGGGAAAUCAGAAAGCCAGUGUUGGUGUGAAAGAGUUGACGAAUCUCUAGCACGAAGAUGAUGGCAUGUACAGAGAUGCUGACAAUGUGCUUGCUCUCUGCUAAGCAUGCUUACAGCAUGAAAUCCACAGAGACCCCGCAGCACUAUGGCAAGGGAUUAGCAAUCUUCCACGAUAUUUUUCGAAGAGCUGACAAGAACGAUGACGGGAAGCUGUCGUUUGAAGAGUUUAAGAACUGUUGUGCUGAUGGCAUCCUCAGCUCUGAGGAACUGUGGGAACUAUUCAGUGACAUUGACAGGCGUCAUUCAGGCAAUUUAGAGACCGAGAGGUUGUGUGAGUAUUUCUCAGAACAUCUUGGAGAAUACAGACAUGUUUUGUCUGCUCUGGAGCAGCUCAACACUGCUGUCCUGUCAGCUAUGGAUAAAACCAAACUGGUAUAUGAGAGCUCCUCCAAGAUGGAACAGUUUGUGACCCGCUUCCUUCUGCGGGAGACAAUGAACCAACUACAGUCUCUGCAAGUCUCCCUAGAGUGUGCUGCAGACACUGUUGAAGAACAGGCUGGCAGAGAAAGGAAUAAUAUGAACAAAUCAGAAGCUUUGACUGGCCAACGCGCUACAAAAAGAUGUGGCCGAAGAAUUCAGAAGAACCUUUGCUUUUCUCCUACAGAUCCUUAUUCUGGGAUGCUGACCACAGGUGUUUGUGUGGAAACUGUCAGCCAGUGGCCAUCUGAAAUUACCCAGCUACAACAGUUCAUUGGCAAACUGGAAUGUAAGAGUCCAAGGCUGGAACCUUUGAAAUAUAAUACAGUCUGCAAAGGAACAGAUUCUCACAUCUUGGUGGCACAGAGACAGAUCUCAGUGGCAGAAAGUGGAUUACUGGCAUUCUGCCAAAUUCUCCAAACCUACACAGAAAUCACAGCUGGACAGAGCAGUUGUCUACACGUGUCUGCCCACAAACUGGCGAGUGACACCUGCUUCAUCCUCUAUGAAUUCUGGCAAGAUGUAGUUUCUUGGAGAAGCCAUCUACACUCAGAUAAUAGUAAGAAGUUCCAGCAUGCCAUCACUGAUCUUUUGGAUGCUCCAGAGCUCUUGACCACUAUGCUGUUCCCAGCUUCCUGGUGGAUUAUGAACAAUAACUGAUCUCUCCAUAAUAUUAUCUCAAUCCAACCAGCAUGUGAUGGAUCAUCUUUCCAAUACAGCCUUCCUUCCAGAGGUGCCCAUUCUCAUCCUAUCCUCCGCAAUGUUGUUUUCCUUUUGUGUAUUAAUGUGGAAUGCUUCCUUUCCUCUGCAGCCAUGUGAACAAGAUGGGCCUUGCCAUCUUUCCUGAAUAUGACUUAAACCUUUCUUUCGUUCUGAUGUACAGUUUUCAUUCAGAAAUGUAUUAUAGCCUUGCUAGCCUUUUUGGCUAUAAGAAGAGACUAUCCCUGAAGCAUGAUGGACAGUGAUACAACAAUUGAUUGGCCAUAAGUGCUGGUGCACAAAGGGGACAAAAUUAGAACAUUUGGGCACAGUAAUUGUGAAGGCUGAAGGAGGAAGUCUUCCCCUGGGCAUAAUCAAUAUGUGCUUUUUGGCACCAUGAGAAGAUAUAGCAGGAUCUACUUCCCACAUCACUGAAUUUCAUUUGAAAUGAAGUCAUCAAUUAAUAUAAUGCCUAGAAUUUUUCCAGAUCUCUUACCAGAUUUAUACACUAGAUCAGUGUUGUCCA